UAUAAAUGGUAGCGAAGGCGAGAAAAAAUACCAAAUCUGUGUUAGCAACACUGCGCCCUUCAUGAUACACAUGCGAGCGUGGUUGUUGAGGGGCAAACUACGAACGUAAACAAAAAUAAUUUGAUCGGAGGCGCGAAUAAUGUGUGUAUUAAUCCAAUAUGCAUAUUUUUAAUAUAGCAAUUCGCCCGGUCUGCCAGUAAUACGUAAGAUUAUAGACAGAGCCGAGUACGCUUCCGGUUCCUGUCCCUCAGCAUGUUGUUAGCUACGAGCUUGCCGUACGUUGACUGCGCGCUUUGUGAUUGUUGAUAGCCGUUUUCUUCUUCAUCGUCGUCUUUUCAAUUUCAAACCACCAAGUCAAACAGGGGACACUUCUCGGAGAACUAAGGUAAGGCAGGCACACACGAACAAUGGUAAAACACAACAGAACGCCGGUAAACCUGUUCCUGCAGGCUCUACCGGGAGACGCACCAUGUCGAGGCGCUACAUAAGCGGUGCCUCCUGAAGGAGAAAGGAAACUGUGACGCCGAUGACACUAUGGGCGGUAUAAGUUUCCACCGUUUUCCUCGGGACCCCUUGAGGUACAAGGCGUGGCUGGAGUUUUGCAACCUGGAGGCGGAUACGAGUCUAAUUUCCAUUCGCUCUAAGGUCCUGUGCUCCCAGCACUUCGCACCAGUUGCUUAUUUGCGCACAGGAAGGCUUCGGUGGGAUGCAGUUCCUACAUUGAAGCGCACACUGCAUGGCGUUGGAGGAAGUAGUGCCUACGCCAAUCAGAGCAGACUUGAAAGCAGUGGGCCUUCAACGGAGGAACGUGUGCAAGCUGUGGUAGCCUGCGAUGACGACAGCACAGGAGCAAUACACCUUCACCAGAUGAGUCAUCCUUGCCAUGCUGAAGAGUGUGGUACUGAAGAAAGUCAGCAACAGCGUGAUCUGUCUCAUCAGGACCAUAGCUACGCACAACACGCACCAGCCUUGUCAACACAGAGCACUGUUGUCUCCCCACUAGCUGCAGUUGUCACUCCUCUGCCAGGAACGUCGUCUGGUGUACUGCGUGCAGUCUCGUCACCUCAGCACUUAGGAGGUGGAAGUGGCUGGCAUCCCCCCAAAGAUUGCCCAUCGUCCAGUAGUCUAGCAGCUCCAGCACAGCCAACAAAAGGCAAGCUGGAUAACCUCCGCAAGAAAGUGCACCAGUUGCAAGCCCUGUGUUCAGCACCUGUGUUCAUAGAUACCUAGCAUACAUUUUCUAUUUUGAAUCUUCA